AUAAAAAAAAAAAAAAAGAAAACCGAUGUCUCCUGCCCCUCUCUUUUUAAUUCCCUAUGGUGAAUGAUGUUUUGGGGAGUCCCUGGCUUUCUCAUCGCUAUAUCCUCAUUAAUUUGCCUAGAGUGUAUGCUAUUGCAGCAUGCUCUUAAACAUGUUAUGUUAUGUUUAACUUUCUCUCACUUCACUCUCUCCUACCUUUCUUCUCCUUCUUAUAUCCUUUUUUUUAUUUCACCCCUGCUCAGCCUUUUCUAACCUCUUAUCCCCAACAUUAAUUUCUAAAAGAGCAUCAAUAUUUUUCUCCUUCAGUCAUUCCCCCCACAGCUUCUAUCACUGUCAGCCAGAACAAAGCCAUGGCGACUCCUUCCAAGCUGAAGCCUGACAGCAUCCUCGGGCUCUCAGCUAGUGAGGCAAAACUCAUCAUCCUCGGUGUUCUCUGUAACGGAGAACAGGCCGCCAAGGUCGACUACGAAAAGCUUGCCCAGCGCGGUGGCUACAAGAAUGCCUCCUCUGCUAGCGUCAUGUAUUUGAAAUCCAAGCGCAAGCUCUUCGAGCUGCACCCUGACGCUGCCGUGGCCGUGAACGGAGAAGUUUCUUCCACCGGUGGUAACAUUGAAGGACCCAAAGCCACUCCUAAGAAAGGCUCAGGCAAGCGCAAGACCCCCGCUACAUCCACCCCUAAAGAGAUAGCCGCUGGCGGCGAGGAGGCAACCAUCGACCAGCCUGUAACCCCUACCCAGAAGCCCAAGCGACAGCGCAAGUCUACCAAGAAGAUUCUUCCCAAGGAAGCCGCACGCAGUACCGGUACCGGCAAGGAUAGCAACGGCAAUGGCAAUACUACUGGCACAGGGAAUGACAAAAUGGUCGAUGAAAAUGCCGCCAGCGCCGCCUUCUUCAACUACGACAUCGACGAGGAUAAUGAACUGUUGGGAGAAAUCGAUAUCGAUGCCGAGUUUGAAGCCAUGGAAGCUGCCCAGACUGCCGUCAAGGCUGAACUCCAGGGAUAAAAUACAAGCUUCCUCGUGACAACGCUUUGCUUUGAUAGUAAACUACCGGCCGUUGAUUUGUGAUUUGGAUUUCUUUUUUCUUCUUCUUCUCUUUUGCAUUGAUUGCUUCGAGGAUGUCAGAUGAAGGGCACUGGAGUGAUGAUCAUUUGCUGGUCUGACGAUCAUCGAACUGGACCUUCGCUAUCAAUUGGUAGUUACCUGGCUGCUUCAUUGAAUCACGGCGUCACACGAGUGCGUCUAAUCUAGCCACAAGAUGGCCAUAGAAAAUCAAGUCGUUGACUUCAAGUUGUUACGGAG